AUGGCCACUCAAGGUACACCCGCAGGCGCAGGACUUGUGUUGACCAAGAGCGACGUCAACUGGCGGGAUGCAUUGGGAUUGACUCUACUACACCAUGCUGCUUCAUCGACUGCCGAUACCGCCAUCGGUUUCGCAAAUGCGCUCAUUGAUAAUCCGCUCGUAGACCUUUACGUCCAAGAUCUGGAGAAUGGCUGGACCGCACUGCACCGAGCCUUUUACUUUGGCAAUAUCACUAUUGCUCGUUUGAUCUUGGAGCGCGACGCGAACUUUGCCUUGGGCAAGAUUACUGGCGCAGCGCAUCCGACGCAAUCUCUGAUCAAGGUGAAGGACAGGGAAGGGCUCGGGCCUCUUGAUCUAUAUGCCGCGACUAUCAAGGAUCGUACGCUGCGGCCGGAUAUUUCGAGUCGCUCAAGAACCGGCUCUGUUGGCAGCGAUGAGGAUCGAGCUACAUUUGACCAGGCCGAUAAUGACGAAAGCACGCUCGUUCAGAUCCCAUUCCUCAAUGUUCGUGGUGAUCAGCUCUUUCAUUUCGGAAGCAAUAGAAACUUUUCCUUGGGAUUUGGAGACCAGGAUGAUCGCCAAUUUCCUGAGCGCAUUACCCUGCGACGACCAGAGCAUCUGCUACGGCGAUUCUACGACGAGCAUCUAGACCAAUACGAGAGGAAGUGGUCUUCCCACGAUCCUUCCUACCAGUCAAAGAUAGCUGAAGUGUCCUCUCUGUGGGUUGAAGACCUUCCAUGGAUCCCUAAAUCCCGCUCGUUGGAUAUUCAGGACGUACAGAUGUCGAAACUCCACACGGCCGUGCUUACUGCAGAUCCCGAGUCCAACCUUUACAUGUGUGGUCAUGGUCAGGGUGGGCGAUUGGGUAUUGGUGAUGAGCGUACGCGCUUUCACUUUGUCUGCAUCGAGGGCGGAGCACUAGCUGGUAAACGUGUGGCCACUGUAGCUCUCGGCCUAAAUCACACAUUGGCCCUUUCUGCCGAAGGCGAGAUAUUUUCCUGGGGCAACAAUGGCUAUGGGCAGCUUGGAUACAGUCUGCCUAGGAUAAGUAACGACGAGGACCCGAUCAGCACCAUCCCGCGUCAAAUAUUUGGCCCCCUCAAGCGAGAGACUGUGAUAGGUAUUGCCGCGUCACGAAUACACUCAGUUGCACACUCCAGCAACUCGCUCUACGUAAUGGGAAAGAACGAAGGACAACUGGGAAUCAUCGAUUCCGACGCCCGAUCUUUGGAGAUGCAAGUUACACCACGGAAAGUCGCUGCGUCGCUCUUCACCUCCUCGAUCGCGUCCGUAACAGCUAUUGAUCGGGCCACAGUCUGUCUUUUAGAGAACCAUGAGGUUUGGGUGUUCGCUAAUUACGGCUAUGCCAAAGUGCAAUUCCCGCUGGAGGGCUUCACGAACUACUUCCUCAAACAGAGCUUCCUAGUCACGACAUACGAUUCCGCGCCAAACCGCAUCAAAAAAGUCACCGCAGAGGGCGACACAAUAUGUGCGCUGUCGACUCGGGGUGAAAUUUAUACUGUCUCCAUCAACCAGCGUCCCGAGAACCAAUCAAGCGUAUCAACUACCAACCCAUCCAAGAUUCGCAGCGCGAUCACCCAGCCACAUCGCAUCUGGUCGCCGAAGAAGAGCAACAUGGCUGCUCGUGACGUGGGCGUUGACGUUGAUGGAAGUAUCAUCCUGACGACCGACGAAGGCAGUGUAUGGAAACGAACGAAGCGUGCAACUAUCAAAGACGCAUCCGCAGCUGGUACGUCGGAGUACAAGCCGAAGGACUACAAGUUCUCUCGCAUUCCCGGAUUGACCCGAGCCAUGGCUGUGAGAUCAUCUGGUCAUGGAGCGUACGCUGCAAUCAGGCACGACUGCGAUGUUCUGAAGAAACAGGUCGUGGUAGAAGAUCCAACCCUCUGGAAGGACCUAUUUCCUCUGCUAUCGCCUGGCCGACUCAUUGACGGGCGCAGAGAGGACGCCAAUGACGAUAACCGCCACCGCUUCUGGCAAGGCACUCAAAGACCGAGUGAAGUUUCACUCCUAAAGAAAGCCAUCAUUGGCAGCGCCGAUAUUGACGCAGACUUGCAAAAGCUGUUCGAGCACAGCUCUAUCAACUCGCAGUCCACAUGCGAUGCUCUGCUCGCAACGACGUCUUCGGAAGUCAGAAUACCUGUGCAUCGUUUCAUAUUGACUGCAAGAAGCAGAGUACUCAGACGAGGUUUCCGUGAUCUGUGCGAAACCAGCACGUUCACGAUUCCAGACUUGGCGCAAUCUCAACUUGAUGACGAGGGGCGUGCUAUCGUGACAUUCCAGGGUAUUGAUAUAUUGACAGUCCUCGACCUGGCGUUCUACCUUUAUGCGGACACGAUCGUGGACUUUUGGAAUUUCACAAGGACCGCCCCAAAGAUGGCCUACAGAUAUCGCCAGGUACGCACUGAGCUCAUGAAGAUUGCAACCAAACUCGAGCUUCCCAAACUCGAGCCGGCUGUCCGUCAAAUGGUAGAGCCUCGUCCGUGCCUUGACAUGGACUUGGAGGUUGCAUUCAACGACUCGGCUUUCUUCUAUGAUGGCGAUAUCACUAUCGACUUGGAAGACGACGAGGUUCGAGCCCAUAGCGCCCUGUUGUGUGCUAGAUGCCCGUUUUUUGAAGGCAUGUUCAUGGGCCGUGCAGGUGGUCGAUGGCUUGCCGGACGAGGCGAUGAGGAAGAGGUCACUGUGGAUCUAAAGCACAUCAGCUCCAAGACGUUCAACAUAGUGCUUCGUCACAUCUACUGUGACACUGGAGCUGAGCUCUUCGAUGAAAUUGUCAGCGUCGAUGUUGAUGACUUCCUGGAUGCGAUCGUGGACGUACUCUCUGCAGCCAACGAACUCAUGCUGGAUCGGCUAUCGCAGAUGGCUCAAGCUACUGUUGGGCGCUUUGUAAAUGUCCGCAACGUGUGCGACUUGCUUAAUGCUAUCGCGCCCAGUUCGGUGCGCGAAUUCAAGGAUGCGGGUCUUGAAUACCUUUGCCUUAACCUCGAAGCAAUGCUGCAAGGACACUACUUGAAUGGCUUGGAUGAAGAUCUUCUGCUUGAAUUAGACGAGGUCGUCCGAGAUAACCAGCUUGCUUGCAUGCCGUUUGCUAAGAGCGGUAGAGCAGAGCGCUUACUUUUUGAACGGUAUCCUGACCUGGCGGUGGUUGUAGAUCGCAACAAGAAGGCCAAGAUCGACUCGAUUUCGUUGCGCUCGAAGUUCCAGGACAUGGCGACGUUCGCGCCAGGCUCGUUGGGAGAGGAUCCUGCUUCCUCCCCCAUCCAGCAAAAGGCGCGGCGCAGGUCUUCGACUGUCGUAAAGUUCGACACCGACAGAUCCACGCCCAAGGCGAAGGCGCCUUCCAAAGAUAUGAUGUUCCACAUGGACGAGGAAUUCGAGGCAAAGACGUUCUCACCUCGAGAAUCUCCGGCCAUCAGACCUAUGUCCAGUCCUCGCGGUCUUGAUCCAAUGCCUCAGGGUACCCCUGAAGACGUUUGGUUUGAUUCCCGAGGCAAAGUCGUACCUUCGCCAAAGCUUGCACCUCAACCCUCGACUUCAGGCGGCGUUACUCCCAGAACGCCAGUUUCUCCUCAGAUGGCAGGAAAGACACCGCCCAAUCAAGGUGGUCCAUGGAGUCUGACACCGUUGUCAUCCCGAUCAGGCAUGAAAGAUAUCAUGGCCCAAGCGGCAUCCAAACGGACCUCCUCUCUGUCUCAAGGUCUUGCCGCAGCUGCGGCUGCGUCCAAGGGCUCGGUGGACGUACCGGCUCCAUUCAGUCUUCCUGGUCCAAAGAUGUCGCAGAAAGAUCGGAAGCGUAUGCAGCAGAUCCAGCAAAACGCAAGCCCAAGUCUGUCGCCUCAGCUCACUGCUCAGCCAGAGUCCAAGCCAUUCUCAUGGCAGACCGUCACUGCACAGAAGAGGCCAGGCUUGAAAGAAGUCCAAGAAAGCGAGCUUUCGGCAGCAAACGCCAGUGGAUCCUCCUCUAGAUCUUCAAGCACACCACAGCUCACAAUGCGGCAGACUGUGGCCAAUCAAAAGCCUUCUCCUGUUCAGAAGCCCGUCACUGGACCUGGUAAGCCUGGAGCUCAGCAGCGAAGUGUUUCGGAUGCAAAGCACCCAGGAACAGACCACAGAAAGAACAGCUGCAAUCCAACAGCCGGUGAAGCUGCCAACUUCACCCACAGCAAACCGAUUCCACAGUCCAUUCGUCACCAACCAGUGGUAGAGCCAGUGUGGGGCUUGAGCAUGUCUGAGAUUGUCGCACAGCAACAACUGGAGAAAGACAUCAUCAAGGAAGCUGCCGCAAAGCGCGACCUGCAGGACAUUCAGGCAGAGCAAGAGUUCCAGGAGUGGUGGGACAAGGAGAGCGCACGGGUGCAGGCCGAGGAGGGCGGCUCCACGGCCCCCACUAGCAAGGCUAAGAAGCACAGAGGAGGGCGCGGUGGCAGAGGCGGUCGAGGCGGCGGCAAAGCAGGCAAGGGACGAGGUGAUGCUGCGAAUGCGAGUGCAACGCCGUCGACCAAAUGA